UAUAUAACCCCGAAUCGCGGGCACCGCCCCCCUUCCGCUCGCACGUUGGGAGGCUGUCUUCGCCGCCGUACACCGUUUGCUCGUCAGCCUCAGGAACUCGCCCGACUCGGUGGUCAUCAUGUCAUCCGACGAAGGGAAGCUGUUUGUGGGCGGGCUGAGCUUUGACACCAACGAGCGCUCGCUGGAGCAGGUGUUCUCCAAGUACGGGCAGAUCGCCGAAGUGGUGGUCGUCAAGGACCGGGAGACGCAGCGCUCGCGGGGCUUCGGCUUUGUCACCUUCGAGAACAUCGACGACGCCAAGGACGCCAUGAUGGCCAUGAACGGGAAGUCCGUAGAUGGACGGCAGAUCCGCGUGGACCAGGCGGGAAAGGCGCCCGACAGCCGGGCCCGGGGCGGCCGCGGCUUCUUCCACGGGGGCCGCCCCCGGGGCCGCGGCUACUCCGGAGGAGGAGGGGACCGAGGCUAUGGAGGUGGCCGCUACGAGUCCCGCAGUGGGGGUUCCAGGGAUUACCGAGACUAUUACAGCAGCCGGAGUCAGCAUGGCGGCUAUGGAGACCGGGGCUCCGGGGGCUCCUACAGGGAUGACUACGACAGCUACGCUACACACCACGACUAAGAGGGGCUCAGGACCGCCCUCCGCCCGGCCGCCGCUCACCCAGUGCCCACCGCUGCCGCCCGGCCCCCCUGGCUGCGCGCUGUGAGCGCUCGUGGUUUUUUUUGCAGAGAGCCGGGAGUUCUCGGAGCAGCCGGGGUCGUGUGGGCAUUUACUUGUUUGUCUUAGUUUUGCUUUUUGAGUUUUUGCUUUCGUUUUUUUGUUGUGUUGCCUUCUGUCUCUGACGGGGGGGAGCAGCCCCGGAGGACACUGGCAGGCUCUCGCUGCCCCACCAACAGCCGGCCACCCACCGUGUGGUCGUGGUCCCGGCCACGGAGCUCUUGUACGCCGUUGUCUCCGGCUUCACGAAACCCAUUAAAGCCCGUGUGAAAUGAA